AUGGCGCGCCGUCGCUCCGUCGAGGGCGCCGAGCCCCGACCUGUAUCGACCUGGCCAUACAGCUUAGACGAUGAUACGACCGAGUCGACCACUUUGUUGAGCACCGGUACCGAGGAGGCGAGCGGCGCCAACGGCAACGGCAACGGCAACGGCAACGGCAACGGCCGCAAGAGCAGCUGGAGCGGGUUCGACGACUUUGAGGGUCUUCCUUGGUGGCGCACGCCUUCUGUAUUCUGGCUGCUGUUUCCCUUUGCCGUCUUCACUUUGGCCUUUGGCGGUGUCAUUGUCCCCAAGCUUAACCUGAUUCUGGACCUCGUCUGCAAGCAAUACUUUGCCGACAAGACCCUCAUCGACCCAAAGCACCCCAUCGUUCUGGGCAGCGAUAACCCGCAGUGCCGCAUCCCCGAGGUCCAGAAGCAUGCCGCGACCUUCAUCCUCGUCCUCAACUUCGUCACGGGCGGCUUGAGCGCCAUCAUCGCCCCCAAGCUCGGCCACCUGUCUGACAGGUAUGGGAGGCGACGCUUGCUCGCUCUCGCGUCCUGCGGCGGGCUCGCGAAUGAGCUCAUCACCAUCUUCGCCGCCAGGUUCCCCGAAACCGUCAACUACCGCUGGCUGGUCCUCGGCGCCGUGUUCGACGGCUUGACGGGAUCCUUCACCGCCGGCAGCAUCCUGUGCCAGUCGUACACGAGCGACUGCACGCCCCCUUCGAAGCGCGCCGUUUCCAUGGGCUACAUCCACGCGUGCCUCUUUACGGGCCUCGCCUUUGGGCCGCUCAUUGCCGGGUAUUUCGUCAAGUGGAGCGGCAGCCUCCUCGCCAUCUUCUACGUCGUCCUCGGCUGCCACACCUUCUUCAUGCUGUUCGCUGGCUUCGUGAUCCCCGAGUCCGUCUCCAAGAAGAGGCAGCUCGCGGCUCGAGAGGCCCAUCGCAAGGAAAAGGAGGCGCGCGCUCUGCACGUGGGAUCCUGGCUGUCGACGAUUCAGUCUUCGAACCCGUUCGAGCCGCUUCGGAUCCUCUGGCCGACGGGGCCCGGCACUUCAACCAAGCUUCGCCUGAAUCUGGUUGCGCUCGCCAUCUGCGACGCCUGCAUCCUCGGAGGCGCCUUUGCCGCUGGGUCGUGCAUUGUGCUGUACAGCGAGUACAUGUUUAACUGGGGCACGUUUGAAACUUCCCGUUUCGUUUCGGCCAUUUCCAUGGUGCGAGUCGUCGUACUUAUGGGAAUCUUUCCUGUCGUCAACUACUUUGGACGCGUGCGCCCCGCGGCCCGGCGACGGAAGCUCUCGGGUGUCACGCCCGAGGACAAGAACAACGGCGCUGAUCACUUGGACACCUGGAUUCUUCGAAUCGCGCUCUUCUCAGAGAUUUUGGGCUGCGCUGGCUACGUGUUUACGCGGUCCGAGGCCCUCUUCUUCGGCAGCGGCAUGAUGACGGCCCUGGGUGGUCUGGGCAGUGCCACGACCCAGGCCGUCAUCACCAAGCAUGUGCCGCAAGACCGCGUUGGAAAGAUUCUCGGUGCUAUCGGGAUGCUGCAUGCCCUUGCGAGAGUCGUCGGGCCGGUCCUGUUCAACGGCAUCUAUGCCGCCACCGUGGAGACGUUUCCUCAGGCCAUUUUCGUCGCGCUCGGCAGCUUGUUUGUGAUUGCGUUCCUGUCAAGUUUCCUGAUCAAGACGCACAUUCAUUGGGAAGAAGAGCGCGCCGAGGGUGAGCGCGCGCCUCUGCUGGAUGCGCAACAGGGGCGGAGCACCGACGCCAAUGUUCGAACCGUAGACGAGGAGGACCAGCUGCGUGUCCAGUGA